AUGUCGCAAAUCGUCCCCCCCCAUACAAUCACCUCGCUCCGUCGCUGGUCCAUUGUGAACAAGGAACUUCCCCCCGUCUCCCAGAUCCGUGCGAUCCACGUCUACGACUUUGACAAUACCCUGUUCUUAAGUCCCUUGCCGAAUCCCCAAAUAUGGCACGGCUCCUCGGUGGGCUUUUUGCAAACCGAAGAUAGCUUUUCCACCGGCGGUUGGUGGCACGAUCCGAACAUCCUCGGUGCCACCGGAAAAGGCAUUGAGGUAGAGGAGCCUCGAGGAUGGAUUGGAUGGUGGAAUGAGAACAUUCUGCGUUUGGUCAAAAUGAGUAUGGAUCAAAAAGAUGCCCUCACAGUUCUCCUGACAGGUCGAAGUGAAGCUGGCUUUGCGGAGAUCAUCAAACGGAUGACAGCUAGUCAAAAACUUGAAUUCGACCUCAUUGGACUCAAACCAGAAGUUGGACCGAACGGCCAACGCUUUGCAAGCACCAUGAACUUCAAGCAGAAUUUCCUUGAAGAUCUAGUUCUCACUUACGCACAGGCUGAAGAAAUACGCGUAUAUGAGGACCGUGUCAAGCACGUGAAAGGGUUCCGUGAUUUCUUCGAGACUCUCAACAGGAAUCUUCAACCGGGACCUCCUCCUAGUGCACGGGUGCCUAUUACUGCAGAGGUUAUUCAAGUAACCGAGGGUUGCACAUAUCUUGAUCCUGUCACUGAGACUGCCGAGAUCCAACGCAUGGUGAACUCCCAUAAUCUUGCCUUGCGCAACACCGCCCUCAAACAGAGCAAUAGCCGGAAUGGGUGCUUACAGAUCAAGCGAAUUGUCUUUUACACGGGUUAUUUGGUCACUCAAGAGGUGUCAAAUAUCAUGACCCAGACUUUGUUGGCGCCAAUGCUGCCUCCUGGGCUUGCUGAAUCAAAUGACCUGAAAUACAUGGCUAACAGCAUUCUAAUCACUCCCCGCCCAGCAUCCCGCUCCAUCUUGGACAAGAUCGGAGGUAUGGGCAAGAAUCUUAAAUGGAAGGUUACUGGAACUGGAAGCUUGGACAACAAGAUUUGGGCAGCCCGUGUGGCACCCAUCCCAGCAAACGAACCAUUCCACACAGAAAACCCACUACCGAUUGUAGUAUUGGCUGUUCGCAAAGGUGCCCGUCUGAUCGACGCAGGCAAGAUUCAGAAUUGGCAACCCCUCCCUGCUGACAAGGCCAUGACCUUCGACACUGUUAUUGGGGAAAAGGUUGUCUUGCGAGUUGAGGAGACUGGAGACUUACGUACUGGAGAACGAACUCUGAACAGGAGCCAGAAGAGACGCUUCCAGGCAGACCAAGAUGACAAUGCCAGCUGGGCGCCCAACCAAAGCUCCGGACAUGAAGGACAGUUCCAAGGUCGUGGCAAUUAUCAUCACACUUACCGUGGAGGAGGUUACCAGAACGACGAGAGCGCACGAGGAAGAGGCGGUCUCCGUGGUCGUGGCCGAGGAGGUACUGGUCGUGGUCGGGGAAACAACCCCCGGGCCCGUGGCAGAGGUCGUGGCCGUGGUGAUUACUACCAGUACAGGUCACUGGAUGACCACGGAGCGUCCUACGACGGGCCAAAUGAUAACAGAGGCGGCCACGGCGGUGGACCUGCCCCAAGAGGAGGCUACUCCAUGGACUAUUGA